CGAGACGGCGCGGUGGAUCGCCACGAGCCUGACAUUAGAUGUGGAUCAACGCCGAGUCAGGUUAGUCCGGAUCAACAAGUCAGGACGUUUUGGGAGUUGUUGACGACCGUGUGGUGGAUUUUCUGCUUUCCUGUUUGGGAUAUUUGAAGAACGUACAAACUCGCCCUGUGCACGGAGUUAUUUCCAUCAAAUCCGGCUGGUCAGCCCCCUACGGAGGGCUAUCGGGAUGCGUCGCCUUUGUACAACUGCCGAAUCUGCUGAGAUUGGUAAUCUCACUGAAGAAUCAGGGAUUCUGCAAUAUACAGGGUCAUUUUGUUUGAACAACAUUCUAGAACACUCCGGUCCGACGCACCGGAUGCUGAAAGCCCAUAUAACGCACGCAUUGCUGGGUACAAUUUGCUUUCUCUUCUCGAGAGAGCUGUGCUUACAAUGGCUAACGAUACGGGUAUCAUAUCAUUCGUUUUUCCAAUUAUGAGGGCGUGGAAAUCGGCAUUGCCCUUGGCCCUUUUGGGUAUGGGCGCUUCCAUCGUCGAUGCUAUGCCCACCGCGGACAAUCUGCACAAGCUGAUGAAUGGAGCGGGCCAGAUCCCUAAGAACUGUCCUUAUUCCGAUGUCCAAGGUGGAAGCGUCAAGAGUAGCUUGAACAAGCGUCUCCUGGUGAAUUCAUUGAAAGCUCCCGUUGAUGUCAACGGUGACCACGCUUUCCAAGCGCCUAACUUUGAUGAUGGCGACCAGCGUGGGCCUUGCCCUGGGCUCAACGCGCUGGCUAACCAUGGUUAUAUCCCUCGUAACGGUGUUGUAUCUUUUGCUGAAGUGAUCCCGGCCAUUAACAAAGUGUAUGGUAUGGGCGUCGAUCUUGCUACGGUCCUGGCCGUGAUGGGCACUGUUUGGGGAGGCAACCCGCUCUCGUUGAACCCCAGCUUCUCGAUUGGUGGAAAGGACGACCGGGUCAACAACCUGUUGGAUAAUCUUGGUGGCCUGCUAGGCGAUCCGCAGGGUAUCAUCGGCACGCACAACUUUGUCGAAUCCGACUCGUCCUUGACGCGUGACGACCUGUAUAUGACCGGAAACAACUACGCUCUCAACAUGACCAAGUUCGAAGAAUUCUACGCAAUGUCCACGGAUGGCACGUUUGACAUGGACUUGAUGGCCGAGCGGGCCAAGAUCCGGAUGGACCAGACCAAGGCGACCAAUCCCAACUUUUAUUAUGGACCGGUGACAGGACUUCUCGCGCGUAAUGCUGGAUACAUGUUUGUGGGACGCAUUUUCCGGAAUCACUCUGAGGAGCACCCGGAAGGAGUUUUGACCAAGGAUAUCGUCAAAAGCUUCUUCGCAGUUCAGGAAGAAGAAGGAAAUUUCACCUACAACGAGGGUUGGGAAAGGAUUCCCGACAACUGGUACAAGACUCCCGUGGACUAUGGAUUGGUGCAGCUCAACCUCGAUACGGUGGGCUUUGUCACUAAGUAUCCCGAGCUGGGCAGUAUCGGAGGCAACACCGGAACCGUCAACAGCUUCACUGGCGUCGAUCUCUCUGACCUGACUGGAGGCGUCCUCAACCUGUCGACUCUCUUGGAGAAAAACAAUCUGAUUUGCUUCGUUUUUGAGGUCCUCAAGUUUGCCAGUCCCAAUGCCCUCUCCGGCCUGUACAAGACUCUGUCCGUGCCGCUCGAGAUGGUCACCAAAGCUAUCGCAGCCCCAUUGUUGAACAUGACGUGCCCGGCCUUCGAUGACCUAAAGAUGGGCGGACAGGAUUUCUUCUCCGGCAUCCAGAGCCAAUACCCUGGCGCAAACCGGACCGGUGGUGGACUGUAGACUCGUACAGCAGACAAGAUAUGAGCUACUAUAUCGCCAUAGCUAAUCGAGCUCUGUAUGAAUACAUUUUGCC